AUGGUCGGCGCCACAAGUGGAAGUGACCACAACCUCAUCCAUCGCAUGGCGGUGGAUGACCCCAUCCCAUGGUACAGGAAACCCAAUCUGAGAACAAUGUACCUGCUACUCUUUCCCUGCGUUAUCGGAAUCGAGAUGACAUCGGGGUUCGACUCUCAAAUCAUCAACGCGGCGCAACUUCUUCCAGCUUGGAAGGCCUACUUUGGCAACCCCACUGGUGCAUACAAUGGUAUCCUCGCUUCAGCUCUGCCACUGGGAUCAGUGAUAGGGCUGCCGUUUAUCCCUAUUGUGAAUGAUACGUUUGGAAGGAGGUGGUGCAUCAUGUUUGGGAGCGUGAUCAUGAUUAUCGGGACAAUUAUCCAGGGAUUUGCUUUCAAUGAACUCGGAUAUCCAAAAGAACGACCCAUUCUUACCUCGCUGUUCAACGCUUGCUACUUCAUCGGAGCUAUCGUUGCCGCGGGGUGUACCUUUGGAACGCAACAGAUCAACAACGACUGGUCAUGGCGCAUUCCGAGCUUGUUGCAGAUGGCCCCCUCUCUGCUGCAAGUCGCCUUUGUGUUUUUCCUGCCAGAGUCCCCCCGUUACCUCAUGUCCAAAGAUCGGUUCGAGGAAGCCGAGGCAGUGCUGAUCAAGUAUCACGCUGAAGGCAAUCCAGACUCGGAGUUUGUCAAAGCUGAAAUCGCUGAAAUUCGCACCACCUUGGAGAUUGAACUCGAACACUCGAAACGGUCAUGGAUGGAUCUUGUUGCCACCCCUGGUAUGCGUCGCAGGGUUAUUAUUGGAUCGUUGCUCGGCCUCUUCACCCAGCUCUCCGGGAAUGUGGUCAUCUCGUAUUUCUUGGGUGAUGUGCUGAAGCUGAUCGGGUACACUGAUCCCAGCUUCCAGGCCAAGUACAACCUGGGAAACCAGUGCUGGUCUCUGAUCUGCGGCGUGAGUGCAGCACUGGUGGUGAUGAGAUUCCGGCGGCGGACGAUGUACUUGACGGGUAUCAUUUCGAUCUUGGCAGUCUAUGUGGCUUGGACAGCUUGCACAGCCAUCUUCAUCGAUACCAAGUCUGACGUGGCGGCCAAGAUGAGUUUGUUUUGGAUUUACGCCUACAGUCCUGCGUACAAUCUUUGCUUCAACGCCUUGACUUACACAUAUCUGAUCGAGAUCUUCCCCUACGCAAACCGAGCUCGUGGCAUCUCCAUCUUCCAGUUCUGGGGUAAGGCCGCUCAGUUCUUCGGAACCAAUGUCAACCCGAUCGGUACCCAAGCCAUCGGAUGGAAAUAUCUCUUGGUCUACUGCUGCUGGAUCUUUGCCGAAGCAAUUAUGAUCUGGUUCCUCUGGCCGGAGACUUCCGGCAGGUCCUUGGAGGAGCUUGCGUUCUGUAUGUGCCCCAAAACUCUCAAGUGUGUUGCAGUUCAAAUUUCUAACAAGUUUGCAACAGUGUUUGAGGACAAGGAGGAGUUCGCCCAGAGGGCGGAAGCUGCGGUUACAAAGACUGUUAUGCACCACGACUCAGACAAGCAGAGCCAUGUGGCGGAACAUGAGAAAGUAUGA